AUGGCUCUUCUUGAACAACAACGUUACCACCACCACGUUGAACAACAUGCUCUUCAUCAUCGUGCUGAAAGCCUCUCAACCUCCUUGACCUCGGGUUGGAUUAAAAAAUUAUUUUCUAAUAUUCACUCCAAGAGUUUAAUUCCUUCCGAUCAACCCAUUCUUCAAAUUAUUGAUCAUCCUCAGCUCUUUUCCGAUGGUAUUCAUUAUUUUGUAACAGUGAGUGAUGGAAUUCAUUCAUUGCCAAUAAUUAUUCAAAUCUCAGGUUUUAAUUUCAAUAUCAAGUACAAGGAUUGUAUUAAAUUAUUGAAUGGAUAUGUGGUGAGUGAUCAUCGUCAACAUCAGAGAAGAACGAUCAAAGUGACUGCAUUCCAAGUGAUUUCAGCCAAUGAACAAACUGUUCAUGGGUUUCCAAAACCAUUUCUUCAAAACUAUAAUGUAUCAGAGAAUUCGUCUUUUUAUCAUGUGAAAUUAGAUCCACCUGUGAAAGAAGCUAUUAUGAGUUUGGAAUUUAGUCCUUCUAUGAAGAAUUUAUUUUGCGUUUCUUCAUUGGAUCAACGAACCUAUUUGGGAAGAAUUAGCCAAGAUGUUGAUGUUGGUGAACAACAAACGCACAUGACGACACAACGACCAUUUCAUGUCGAGUUGAUGAACUACACUCACCAAGAUCCAGUAAUCCAUUCCACAAUGAGUUUGGACAAUUAUGUUUAUUCGUCGAGUAUUCUUGAAGGAAUGCAAGGAACUCUUUUUAAAAUUGAUUUUGAAAAAUCUUUGAUCAUUUCAACCACUCAUGCCAAAUCACCAAUUUUUAAAACAAAACAUUCUUCUGAAUUGAAUGCAUUAACAGGAUGUUCUUGGAAUGGAGAAGUAAUACUCUUGGAUGAUAGAACCAAUCGAUUAGAAAGUCAUUCAGUUUUCUCUGCACAGUCUGUUCAUUAUAUGGACUUUAAAUUUCCAAAUAUGAUUGUUUUAACAAAACAACAUUUUUCCUUGUAUGAUGUGAGAAAUGGAAGGUGUUCAGAACCAACACUUAUUGAUCCCACUGAGAUUUCUUCAUGUGUUGCACUACAUCCUUUACGUGACAUGGCAAUGAUCGGUACUACCAGUGGAAAAGUCAUGUUUUAUUCAUUUGAGAAAUCAAGAUAUAACAAGAAUGGAAUACAAUACAUGCCUCACAGAGAAGAACAAAAAUCACACAGUAUUGUAAAUAGCAUCAAUAUUCCAUAUAAGAAUUUUUGGCAAGAUGGAUCUAUCAUUACAACAGCAUCUAAUGGAGUUUCAUCUUUGUGGAAUUACAAGACAUGUCGUAAAAUUUAUGACAUUUCCAUUAAUGAACAAGGUCUUGGAAAUUCAUGUGGAGCGUUGAAUGAGGAUCAUUCCAUAUUUGCAUUUGCAGUCACAGACAGAGCUGUAGACUCAACAGCGGUAAAGCUGAAUGUAGAUUCUAGUCUUGUCUUUUAUCCUAUUUCAACGACAAGCAAUCAUCACUCAUCAGAUAGAGACUAUGAAGACGUGCUACUACCACCAACUUUGGAUUCUGUAGGUGCAGAUCAACCUCUCAAGACAAAUACUUUAAAAAUUGUAGAACAGGCAUUUUCGAGUGCAGAUUCUUUUGCAAAUCCAAAACAACCAAGUUAUAUUUCCUAUUUGAGAAUGAACAAAGCUAAACAAAAGCAUUCUGAAAAGUGCCAUUUUAAUAAUUUCCAUUAUUUACCAAACGAAUUAAUUGGAAACAUUCUCGAGUAUUUACAAGCUAGUUCUCUACCUCUUCUUUCCUCAGUAAGCAAACAAUUCAGAGAAUGUAUAUUUGAGAAAUUGCACACGUUGAUUAUUAAUAGGCCAAUGCAUGGCAAGUUUUAUACCAGUUUUUUGCCAGAAUUUGUGAAUAUUCGACAUUUAAUAUUUAAGGGCAUUGCUGUGCGUGAUGUCUCAUUGUUAAUUUCGCAUGUAAGGAACAAGGUAGUGAAAUUGACAUUAAUUUUACCAAAAGAAGAUGUUCUUGCUCCACAAAUUCAUAUUGAGAAUUUAUUGAUUUGGAGCAGUCUCUCAGAGUUAGUGAUUUACAAUUCUCGACAUUUACAAGGUACCAAAGGAGACGGUGACCGUAGAAAAUUGCAAAAAUUACACCUUAUCAAUUGCAUGUGUGAUUUUUCCUCACUGUUUGAAUUGAUUUAUAUUCCGUCAUUAAUUGAUGUGAACAUCAGUGGAUCUAAUUUACCAUAUAAUCAAUUAAUGUGUACACAAGAAUCAUCAUUGAAAAAGCUUGUACUGAGCGGUGGUUCUAAUCUUUCAGACUUGCAAGACUUGUUAAAUUGUCACAAAAAUAUUGAAGAACUUCAAAUGACCAACAUGAAAGAUCGUUUCUCAUCCACAUUAACUCUUCCUACAACAUUGAGGUCCUUGAAUAUCAGUAAUAAUCCAAUCCUACCACGACUCAAGCUACCUCUGUUGACACAACUCAUGGUGGAUCAUGCUCCUCUUGACCAAAAGCAACUUGGUGAAAUUUUGGAGCAUUGUCCAUUGUUAACUUUUAUUUCUGCCAAGUAUUGCAAAUUACUUGAUUUGGCCGAUUUCAGACACCGAAAUUUGACGAGUAUUUCCCUCUUUGGAUGCGUUGAACUGAAGAGUUGCACCAUUUAUUGCCAAAAUUUAACAUUUUUGAAUGUUGGAAAGACAUUGCUCAACGACGAAAGUAUUGCUAACAUUUUGAAGAACAACCAUGCACUCAAGCAAUUACAUACUUCAUUUUGCACGAAUUUGAUCGAUCCAUUUCAUUCAGUGCCGAGUCAUGGUUCACUCAUGAUUUGGAAUGUUGGUUCAUGUGCAGCGAGUGAUGCAGCUCUCUUUAAUGCUCUUCAAAAAGUUCCGACUUUACAAAUUUUGAAAAAUUAA